AUAGAAGGACAUUGAAUUGUCCGAGUCCCUUAGAGAUGUUCGGAUGAGAACCUUGCUGCUGUUGAAAGUUCUAACAGAAACAGUAUGACCUUCUCUGUAUUCCUGAGCAUUGCGUUCAUGGUAAUUGCAACAAAAGCUGGUCCGUGCUUGGACAACCAGCACUGUUCUGACUGUGACAACACGACGGGACAUUGCCUCACUCAGUGUGACACGGGGUACUUUGAUCUGAAAUGUUUCUCUGUGUGCGAUGGGCAUUGUAAAGGUAAUCUGUGUUAUCAAUCUGCCGAGGGUAGUGGACGGUGCACCGAGGGUUGUGAGCCAGGAUAUCAAGGCCAGAGAUGCAACAUACCAUGUGACAGUCCAGGAGAUAACUGUACAGCAUGUCCAGGUGGUUGUGAUGGAGGAUAUUGUCAGCUGGGCUCAUCCUGUGUGUCUGGAUGUGUAGGCUCCUACUACGGGACUGGCUGCAACAUACCAUGUGACAGUCCAGGAGGUAACUGUACAGCAUGUCCAGGUGGUUGUGAUGCAGGAUAUUGUCAGCUGGAGUCAUCUUGUGUGUCUGGAUGUGUAGACUCCUACUACGGGAAUAGCUGCUACAACACAUGCAGUACUAACUGUCGUCGGAAUCCUUUCACCCUAGAAGAUCAGUCUUCAGUGAUGACACAGAGUGAUUGUCACAGGAAAAGUGGUGAUUGUUUCUUCGGGUGUAAACAUGGUUGGCAUGGCCCACGAUGUUCAUCUCAGUAUGAUCGCACCGAAACCAUCAAGGCCAUGCUGACUGUGGGACUACCGACAACAGCAAUAUUCGUAAUCAUAUUGGCUGUUUGCUGUCGGUUCUGCAAAUGCAGGUGCUGUCGACGUGGCAGCCGGGCAGAACCUGUCUGGGAGAACAGCGAGAUCAGCCAGGACUCGGAGUGGUCGCUUGAAGCUGACCAGUGUCCCUCAAGGAUGGACCAACAAGAGCAUCAUAGGAACCAAGGCGUAGGAUGUGAGAUGUAUGAUGUAGUGUACAGCUCUCCUGAAGAAGGGCCCGUCUCAGAUAGACGUGAGCUGCAUGGAGGGUACAGCUAUCCUAAAGAAGCACCCGUCUGAUAGACGUGAGCUGCAUGGAGGGUACAGCUCUC